AUGCAUGCAACUUGUAUUGUUACAUUUAUUGAACAAAAACGAAUCAUUUAUAAAUUUUUAAAUAAUGUAAAUUGGGUUGACAUGAAAAAUACCUACAUAAAAAAUCGGAAUUAUAAAUUAAAUAAUAAUAAUAUUGAAGAUAUAUUACAUAUGGUUAUUAUACCAAUAUUUAAAGAAGAUCCAUUAGUUAUUGAUAAUACUUUAAACUCACUAGCAAAACAAAAUGUAUCAAUGAUAAUAGGUUUAGCAUUAGAAGAACGCGAGAUGCACAGUGAUAUAAAAUAUAAUAAUAUAGUCAGUAAAUAUGAAAAUAAAUUUCUUAAAAUAAUAAAAACAAUUCAUCCUGAUGGUUUAAAAAAUGAAGUAGCAGGUAAAGCAUCGAAUUGUAAUUAUUGUGUUCAAAUAUUAGUAAAAUAUUAUGAAAAUAGUUUAAAAGAUUCCUAUGAUUAUGUUAUGAUUACGGCAUGUGAUUGUGAUUCAAUUUGGUGUCAAGAUUAUUUUUUAUAUUUAAAUUAUUUAUCUGUGAAAAAUAAUUUAAAAUACUUUAAUCAUAUUAUUUAUACACCAAAUAUAACUAACGUAAAACAUUUUCAACCAAAUCAUAUAUUGACAAAUUGGAUGUCUAUUACUCGAUCAAUUGCUACACAUGGACAUUUUCGUUGUUUAGGCUCUAUUCGUACUUUUACAAGUGAAUAUCAUAUACCAUUAAUAUUAUUAAAAAAAAUUGAUUAUUGGGAUAAUGAUUUAGUACAUGAAGAUGUACAUAUGUGUAACAAACUAGCAAUAUUAAAUGAAAAAUGUUUAAUAUUUAAGUCUACCUUUUUACCAUGUGAUAAUCAAACACCAACAAAUAUUAGAUCAGUGUAUCAAAGUUUUAUUCUGUUGUGGUGCCAAUCCUUACGCUGGAAUUUUUUUAUUUAUGAUUUAUAUUAUUUAUUUCAUCAAUUGCUUUUAAAUUUAUUUAAUAUAAAACGUUAUGAAAAUUUUCAAAUAAAUUCAUGGAAAGUUUUCAUGCAAAUUAUUAAUAAUUAUGAGAAUUUAUUUUAUUUUUUUGUGGCACCGAUUUUUAAUAAUAUCUUUUGGAUACUUUAUUUAUGUCUAUUUAAUAAUUAUUAUAACAAUAAUCUUAUUUAUUAUUUAUUAAAUUAUAUUCAACCAUACUUUAUAAUUAUACACAUGUUCCUAACAUAUCUGUGUACUCUACUUAUUUUAAAUGCCAAUGAUGAAGAUACUAAAGAUUUAUUUGAUUAUCUCCCAUUAACAGCCAUUGUUGAUAAUCAAAUAUUUUGUUUACAUGGUGGACUUAGUCCAUCAAUUGAUACAUUGGAUCAUGUUCGAGCUUUAGAUCGAAUUCAAGAAGUUCCACAUGAAGGACCCAUGUGUGAUUUAUUAUGGUCGGAUCCAGAUGACCGCGGUGGUUGGGGUAUUUCACCUCGAGGUGCCGGUUAUACAUUUGGACAAGAUAUUUCGGAAACAUUCAAUCAUACAAAUGGUCUUCAACUUGUAUCUCGUGCUCAUCAAUUGGUUAUGGAAGGUUACAAUUGGUGUCAUGAUAAAAAUGUCGUAACAAUAUUUUCAGCACCUAAUUAUUGUUAUCGUUGUGGUAAUCAAGCCGCGAUUAUGGAACUUGAUGACUCAUUAAAGUAUUCAUUUCUUCAAUUUGAUCCAGCACCACGUCGUGGUGAACCACAUGUAACACGUAAAACGCCAGACUAUUUUCUUUAA